AUGAACAAACUUUGCGGACAAUUGUUGAUGCUGUUGCUGUUGCUUAUUUUCACAAUCCACACCACAACGACAACAACAACAAUAACAGCCACAACAGUAACCGACAAUUUCUCAUCUGCUGCUUAUAUUAAUGGUGCUUUUGGAGCUCCGAAUUGGUUGGCUUCUUCGUAUGGUUCAUUCAUUUCAGAGGGUAAAUUCUGGAUUGAUAAUGGUUAUGGUUCUCUCACUGUUCAGCAUGUGGCAGCUAGUUUGGCCAAUGAUACAACCUUCUCUACCAAUGUUAGAAUAUUGUCCCGUAUUUCACAAGUUACUAAUACUGUGUGGUUGACUGGAGGUGUUGCUAUUUAUAAGGAUUCGAGUAAUUAUUGGGCUACUCAUCUUGUUGAAUCUCCAUUACAAUCUGGCUCAAGUCACUUUGUAGAGUUGGGUGAAAUGAAGAAUGGCGUUUGGCUUUCUUCAUCUCAGGAUGCAAUUUCACUUCCUUCAAGUGGAAGUUCCUAUAAUUGGCAAUAUGGUGUAGAUUAUACUGCAACUAUUUCCAUGUCCAUUGGUGGAUAUCAUCCUAGCAACAAUAUCAGUUGUAUUGCUAAAGUUCAAGCAAAAUGGGCUUUUGCCUCCAAUGGAAGUGUAGUUAGCUCACUUGGUUGGUGUAUCACAAAUCCACAAGCAGUACUUACAGGAAGAGGUGCUUUUCACACUGGUUUUCUUAAUGUUGUCUAUAGUAAUGUUACCUCAUCGUGGACAGUACCUGUGAAUAUGACAAUUACUCGACAAUUUCCUGCAUGGAAUCCAUCUUUGAGUUGUACUUCAAUGUGUCCACGUAAAGCCACUGGAUUUUUCCGUGUCGAGCAAGAUAUUACAACAGGGAAGUGGUGGUUCAUUGAUCCUGUUGGUAAUCCAUUCUAUUUUGUUGCAGUUGACCAUGUUAAUUAUUAUGAAUUUGCUACUGAAGCUUUGGGAGCUCAGAGAUUACUAUCAUGGGGAUUCAAUACUCUUGGAACUGAUGUGUCAACCUAUUUGAGAUAUAAGGGACUAGCUCACACAAUCACUCACACAACCAAUGAAUUUUCAGGCAAGAUUAGUGACAUUACACCAAAGACCACUUGGACUGGAUUUCCAAAUGUUUUCCAUCCACAAUGGACUGAUUUUCUCUAUUUUACCUUUUCAGAUUAUUUACAAUAUAGAGAUGAUCCGUGGGUUAUUGGACACUUUGUAGAUAAUGAAAUUCAAUGGUGGGGAGAUAGUGGUUGUUCCAGUAAGGACUAUUGUUUGUUUAAUCAGGCUUGGCUUAAGGAGUCAAAUCACACUGCCAAGAUUGCUUGGGCAAAUCUCAUUAUUGAUACUUUUGGUUUGGUCAAUUUGGAAACAGAGUUUAUGAAUGGAUGGGGUAUUUCAGGAAUUAAUUCAUUCGCAACACUUGUUAACAAUACCUCUCCUGCCAUACCAAUGAGUGAGAAGGCCAUCAGUGUCUCACGUCAAUUUGUUAGAAAUGUUGCAGAGAUUUAUUUCAGUACAGUUUCACAAGCACUCAAAAAAGUUGAUCCAAAUCAUGUCUAUUUGUGUAAUCGUUUUCCAGGACAAGCGCCUGACAUUGUAGAUAUUGCAGCCAAAUAUUGUGAUGUCAUUACAUACAAUUGGUAUCCUUCUAUUGAGGUCAAUUUGGGAAUUCCAAAACAAGUUCAACAAACUCCACAACAAUGGGUAGGAAAUUAUAAUCGUCCUCUAAUCAUUACAGAGUGGUCGUUCCCUGCUCUGGAUGCUGGCUUACCAUCCACUCAUGGAGCUGGAAUGAGAGUUGAUAAUCAAGCUCAACGUGCCAAAUGUUAUUCCUACUUUAAUACUUUUUUACAAUCUCAUCCAUUAAUUGUUGGUAAUUCCUAUUUCAUGUAUGUUGAUGAGCCAGCUCUUGGUAUUAGUACCACUUUCCCUGAGAAUUCCAAUUAUGGUUUACUGAAUGUGAAUGAUGAUCCUUACCCACUCAUGGUUCAAGCAGCCAUUUCAAUGAAUUUCAAUGUUUGUGCUCGUCAUAGUGCAGGUUUGAAUAGCACAAUAUAUCAAACUCAACCACUUUCAUCACCAACUGGUAAUGUCACUGCUCAAAAUUUAGCUGGAUCGAUUCCUGAUGGGCUUGCUUAUGACUUUGGUUCUGUUAAAAUUGAUGGCUCCAUUGUGAGACUGUCGUGGAAAGGUUCAAGACUUGCUACUUUGAGAAUAACAACAGGUACAAUGCUAUCCAGUGAAAGUAGCACCUCAUGGAAUGCUCCUGAUACCACUAGCUCUGUAUUAAAGGCCAGCAUAUCAGAAACAAGUGCCGCAGUACUCAUUCAACAGAGAAUUUCCUCACGUGGUCUCGUUGUCAUGUUACAAGUGAAUGUAGUUUCCUACGCUCCUGGAAUACCACUCGUGGUAGUUAAAAUAUUGAGUAUUCAAAAUUUGAGAACUGACGGUCAGAGUAUUCUUGUUCAAAGUAUUACAACUAAUGGAGAGGCACAUAUUGGAGAUUCUUCAUGGAAUUCUGCAAAAACUCAAAGUCUAAUUACAUCUCCAAGUGUACCAGGUCAUUGGUUACAUAGUAAGGGUCUGUACAAUGGUACAUCAAUGAAUGGAUUUGGUACUGCAUUCUUUUCAGAGCAAAGUUCAACAUGGGUUCAAUCAGCCAAUUCUGUUACUGUCAUUUGGACACCCCUUAAUGUGAAUAUUACCUACAAUUCCACAUUUGUUCCAUCAUCUCCAGUUUUACAAGUUGUUUUCCCAUUUACAAUACCAAAUGAUCAGGAUCCUUACACAUUUUUUGUAAAUACUUUCACAGCUGUACAGACAUCGUUUUCUAUUCCUACUGUUGCCAUUCCUUCACUGCCACCACUUGAUACUUGUAAGCAACCAACAGCACCUUCAGCACAAAUAUCAAUGAUUCCAACAAGCUCAACAAUUCAACCAAAAAGUUCAAUAGUAACUUCAGAUGCUAACAAGUUGAGCAUUUUAAGAGUUUCAACAAUAUUAAUGAUAUUGGUCUUAUUUGUGUGGUUUUAAAUUGUUGAGUCAGAAGACUGAAAUAAAGUUAAUAUCAAAAUAAUU